AUGUCUUCAGAACCCAUUGCCAUCGUUGGGAGUGCCUGCCGUUUCUCAGGGGACACUGACUCACCCGCAAAACUUUGGCAAUUGCUCAAGAACCCACAAGACCUGCGCCAAGAGAUACCUCCAGAGCGCUUCAACGUUGAAGCCUUCUAUCACCCAGAUCAUGCCUAUCAUGGUCACGCCAACGUGAAACAUUCAUAUCUCCUGGCCCAAGACAUUGCCAGGUUCGAUGCUGAAUUUUUCGGCAUCAAUGCCAUGGAGGCCAACGCGAUGGAUCCGCAGCAGCGUCUGAUUCUUGAGACGGUAUACGAAGCCAUCGAGUCUGCCGGCAUGACAAUGGAGGAACUGUCUGGAAGCGACACGUGUGUCUACGCAGGUUCCAUGACUGCCGACUACGAUGCUAUGAGCCUUCGCGACCUUGAUCACCUUCCAACUUAUGCCGCUGUGGGGACCUCUCGUGCCAUAUUAUCGAACCGCAUAUCUUACUUCUUCAAUUGGAAGGGCGCUUCCAUGACGAUCGAUACGGCAUGCUCGUCUUCGCUAGUGGCGCUUCACAAUGCAGUCCAGACACUAAGGUCACGGGACUCGGGCAUGGCAGUUGUUUGCGGAUCUAACUUGAUUUUUGGACCGGAAAGCUUCAUCAUCGAGAGCACUGUUAAUAUGCUCUCACCUGACGGCCUGAGCCGUAUGUGGGACAAGGAUGCCAAUGGCUAUGCCAGGGGAGAGGGCCUUGCUGCCUUGGUGUUGAAGCCUUUGAGCGCUGCACUAGAGGCCAAUGAUCAUAUCGAAUGCGUCAUACGGGAGACUGGCUUGAACCAGGAUGGACACACCGCGGGUCUCACCAUGCCAAGUCCAUCGUCGCAGAGGGAUCUCAUUCACAGUACUUAUGCCAAGGCCGGACUGGACUUGCGUUGCCCUCAUGAUCGACCACAGUAUUUCGAAGCUCAUGGAACUGGAACCCCAGCAGGAGUUGAUCAUCCUCUCCACGUGGGAUCAAUCAAGACCGUCCUGGGUCAUACCGAAGGCGCCGCCGGGCUAGCAGGACUGCUGAAAGCAAUGCUAGCCAUUCAAAACUCCUGCAUUCCUCCGAAUCUUCACUUCAAUGAGCUCAACCCUUCAAUUGAGCCCUUCUACAAACACCUGGCGAUCCCAUGCAGCGUCGUUCCCUGGCCACCGUUGCCUCCUGGCCAAGCACGACGUGCAAGUGUUAACAGCUUUGGUUUCGGCGGAAGCAAUGCUCAUGCCAUCAUCGAGAGCUAUGAAUCUGAGUCUGCGACCAGCUCACAGGAUGCCAACGACAACCACAUUGUGUACGGCCCCUUUGUCUUCUCAGCAUCUUCGGAAGUGGCCCUGCGAAACAACAUCAAGGCAUACAUCACGUAUUUGGAAGAGCAUGAAGAUUGCAAUGCUCGCGAUUUGGCAUACACUUUACGCCAAAGACGAUCCCUCUUGCAAUACCGGCUGGCAAUACCCGCUACGUCUUGCGAGAUACUCAGGCAGAAACUGGUUGAAAUGUCUUCAGGGUCAAGUGACGCGGCUUUCACCAGAAUCACCCGCACGAUUCCAAAGAUAGGCAACGGAAGCGGCAAGAUCCUUGGGAUCUUUACUGGACAAGGCGCACAGUACGCUGGAAUGGGUGCUGAGCUUAUUCGAGACUCUGAAUUGGCGCGGAAAAUCAUCCAAAAACUCGACUCCAUGCUGCAAGACCUGCCUCAACAAGAUCGUCCUUCGUGGUCUCUCGAGGGUAAACUCCUGGCAGCGGCAGAUGAAUCCCGUACUUUGGAGGUCGGCGUAUCGCAGCCACUCACCACUGCAGUUCAGAUCAUGCUCGUAGACCUCUUGGGUGCUGCUGGCAUCCAUUUCGACGUUGUCGUCGGCCAUAGUAGUGGCGAGAUAGCUGCAGCCUAUGCCGCGAAGUUCCUCUCGGCAAGGGAUGCGAUCUGUAUCGCUUACUACCGUGGCAUGGCCUGUGAAUAUUCUAAGAGCCCGAAUGGGAAUGUCUCUGGUGCCAUGUUGGCGGUUGGAACCUCUAUGGACGACGCCCUCGAAAUAUGCAGAGACGACACUUUCCAAGGUCGCAUCUCCGUGGCUGCUGUGAACUCUUCAUCCAGCGUCACUAUCUCCGGAGACUCAGACGCGAUAGAGGAACUUGUCGUCGUCAUGGAAGAUGAGCAGAAAUUCCACCGACGAUUGCGAGUGGACCGAGCAUACCACUCCGCUCAUAUGCAGGCUUCCGCGGAGCCCUACGCCCAAGGCAUGAAGCGGGCCAGGAUCUCAGCUGCUGCGUCUGGCUCAGACUCUGGGUCGCGCCAGUGUCAGUGGUACUCAAGUGUCUAUCCUGGGAUGCUGGUGAAUGAUUUGUUCCCUUUGUCUGGCGAAUACUGGCUUGAGAACCUUGUUAAACCCGUCAUGUUCGAAGCUGCCCUCUCCGCAGCCUUGCAAUCUUCCUUCACCGCCUUCGACGUGGCACUUGAAGUUGGACCACAUCCAGCCUUGCGAGGUCCUGCGGUGCAAGUCAUGCAAGACGUCCUUUCCAAGCCUGUGCCAUACAUCGGGACUCUUGAGCGUGGAUCUGGCGCAACUUCCAGCUUCUCGACGGCUCUUGGAUCCUUGUGGUCUCACCUCGGCAGAGGUGAUAUCGACCUCGAUCUCUUCGAAAGGAUGAUGUCAAGUGUCGACGUCCCUUUCAAGCUUCUUAAAGGACUGCCGUGUUAUCAGUGGAACGACGAGACACGGUAUUGGAGUGAAUCACGACGAUCAAAACAUCUGCGCAGUCGAUCCGAGCCUGUACACCCUCUCUUAGGCCAUAUGACAGCGGAGUCCGGCCCUCACGCUCUGCGAUGGAAGCACAGCCUGAAGCCAAGCGAGAUGCCGUGGCUAGGAGGGCACGCUGUCCAGGGACAAAUCGUGUUCCCUGCCGCUGGCUACAUCUCAUCGGCUAUAGAGGCUGCUAGGUGGUUGGCGAAUGGUGACGAGAUCGCUCAGCUUGUGACCCUUGAGCAGUUUGUCAUCCAUGAAGCGAUUCCAUUUCAAAACGAAGAAGAUGACAUCGAAGUGUUGAUCGAACUCACGCAGAUCAGCCGCGUCAAGGAUGGUCAGGCAAUAACGGCAGCAAACUACACCUACUCGGCCGCACUGGGUGGCACAAGUUUGUCCAUUGUGGCUACCUGCACGGUCAAUGUUCAACUUGGCCAGCCGUGCUCAUCACUACUCCCGGCGAGGCGGCCAGAACCGCCGCAUAUGGUCGAGGUGAGACCACAACGGAUGUAUGAUUACCUUGAGAAGCUGGAAUACAACUUUUCCGGCUCAUUUCGCUCGUUGACCGAGCUCCACCGAAGACUGGGCUUUUCUCGCUGCGUAGGGAAAGCCGCAGAGCGGACUCUUGGCUGCGAGGCCCUGCUGGUACAUCCGGCCGACCUUGACGCGGCCUUCCAAGCUGUGCAUCUUGCGUGCAGCUAUCCUGGCGAUGAGCAGAUUCGACAUCUUCAUCUCCCAACCAGAAUUGACACCAUUCGGAUAAAUCCCGCCGCAUCGAAGUCAUCUCAGAAGGUCGAUGAGAUCAAGCACAGCUUCGGUGUGGAUGCCGUUUGGCAUCAGUCUGACCCCUUAACUCCGACCACAGGGUUUACGGGCAGUGCAAGUCUCUUCAUAGGAGAUCAAGAACCCGAGCACACCGCCAUACAAAUCGACAACGUGGUACUGAAACCUGUCGGUGAUUCCCUCGACGAGCGCAAGAUCUACUAUGGCAUCGAUUAUGUCCCUACAAAGCUCGAUGGCAUGGCAGCUGCCGAGGGACUGGAAGUCACUCGGGAAGUCGAAGAUCUCAUGCAGACGUUACGCCGAAUUGUGUACUUCUACGCCGCCAAGUUCGACCGCGAAGUUCCAUCUGAUUUGCCGGCGCGCGUGGAAGCGGGUAACAUCAAGUACUAUCUCGACUUUUGCCAGCAUCUCACAAACGAGCUCCGGCCUGUGGAAUGGAUGCAAGAUACUAAAGAAGAUAUCCAAGCAGCAAUACACAAAUUGGGGCCUGAUGCGGAGGGAUCUGCGGAUGUGAAGUUACACCUCCUUGUCGGCGAAACCAUGUCUCGAGUAUUCCGCGGAGAGGCGGAUAUGCUCGAGGAGCUACGCCUCUCUGGACUUCUGGACGACUUCUACAGAUAUGGCGCCGGACUACGGCAAGCAACGUUGUGGUUAGCUGCGAUACUCAAGCAAAUCACGGACCGAAAUCCACAUCUUCGCCUCUUGGAAAUCGGUGCCGGCACCGGAAGUGCGACCAAGGACAUUCUCGCUGCGAUCGGACCAUCCUUUGACGACUACACCUUCACUGAUAUUUCCGCAAGCUUUGGGGAUCAUGCAAUGGAACAAUUUGCUCUCUUGAAGGAUCGCGUAUCGUUCAAGACUUUCGAUGUCGAGAUCGAUCCAAUUGAGCAAGGUUUCGUCGAGGGUCAGUACGACGUAGUGAUCGCAAGUCAGGUUCUACAUGCAACUACGAGUCUUGGUGAGACUGUGCGAAAUGCGCGUCGCCUGAUAAGACCAGGAGGCUGGCUGCUCAUUGGCGAAUGUGAUCCCGGUGGCAGGCUGCGUGACUCCGGAUCCUUUAUAUUCGGCAUGCUUACUGGCUGGUGGAAGGGUAUUCAGGACGGAAGACGGCUUUCACCAUUCAUCUCUGCCGCAGAAUGGGAUGUUGUCUUACGUGAGAACGGCUUCUGCGGUAUUGAGACCAUGAAUCCAGAGCAUCUUGGUGUUCCAUUUGGAAUCACAGCUAUGGCAGCUCAAGCGACGGAUGAACGGAUGACAAUCAUUCGGGCGCCCUUGUCAUCACCCAAAAAUCUGGAAGUGGAAGAAGUCCUUAUCAUUGGCGGACAGACCGAUUUGGUGGCCCAAAAGGUAGAGGAACUGCGACAAACUCUCACCGGCCUAGGCGCUCGAGUCUCGAAUUGCAAGACCCUCGAAGAAAUCGACGACAACGUUGACCACCCUGGAAUCGCCAUCAUCAGCUUGGCAGAUUUGGACCAACCAGUGUUUCAGGAGAUGACCCCUGAUCGAUGGGCAUCGUUCCAAAAGCUGUUUGUCGAUAGCAAGUCCAUGCUGUGGGUGACUUGCGGCCGUUUGAAGAGCGAGAUCUACAGCAACAUGACUGUUGGAUUCGGACGCGGCGCCCUCAACGAGGAGUCAGAUCUUCGCCUACAAUUUCUGGACUUUGACAGCAUUUCUCAGCUUGACACGCACGUCAUCGCAGAGACAUUUGUCGUAUUUACUAAUCAGACAGUGCUCGAAGCCACCGACAAGAAGCAUAUCCUUCACAUCUCUGAGAGAGAAAUCAUCAUUGACGAUCAAGGCCGCGAAUUGGUGCCCAGGUUAGCACACCAAACUCGUCUUAACAAUCGACUCAGUUCUACAAGACGGGUCGUGGAGUAUCCAACCGAUCUGCGCGAUCAGGAGGUGGCCUUGGAGCAGAACUCGAGUGGAUGUUUCCUUCGUCAGUUGUCACGAUUCGACAAACACGAGCUUGUCGAGCUUCGUAUGCAAUAUUCUACUCUCUCUGCAAUACGUACGCCAUGGGGGUAUCGAUCACUCGUCUUGGGAGUCGACUCGGAAGGAAGAAAAUUCAUCUCUCUCACAACCUCUGUGAGGUCCGUCCUCCGCGUCUCGGCUCAGUCUCUGGUGGAGGUCGAGAAUCAGAAGCUCGUAGGCUCUCAGCUCAUCUACUCGAUCGCAGUGCAGAUGAUAGCACUCUCAAUCCUCGAGCCUGUGCGCUCUGGACAACGGAUCAUCGUCCACAACUCGCCCCUUGAUAUCGCCAUAGCAAUUUCAGGACGAGCACGGCAGCAUGGUAUUCAUGUUGUGUUCACGACAGAUGAUACUUCCGCUGUACGCAUACCACAGACCAACGCAACUCCUUCUGUCCGACUACAUCCGUUCGCUGGACGGCUCGAGGUUGAUCGCGUGGUUGAUACAAACGUGUCAUACCUCACAGACCUGUCUCUUGAUCAGAAUCGUCUUUCGGUGACGCUGGCCUCGCUCGUUCCAGCGUACUGCCGCAAGGAGACUUGGGACACUCUGCGCACCUCUUCUGCAAGCGAUGUGGACUGCCACGAGUUCGUCGAACCCUUGAAACUCCACUUGGACACGGCGUGGAAGCAGGUCUCUGCAUCCAGGCCUGGAAGAGUCAUAGACUGGACCAGCGCAACUUGUCCUCCAGCUCGGCUUUGUAGGCUUGAUGUCGUCCCCUUGUUCAGGCCCGACCGCACGUACUGGCUCUGUGGGCUAUCAGGUCCACUCGGAACCUCAAUUUGCGACUGGAUGAUCGCCUGCGGUGUUCGAAAUAUGGUGAUUUCCAGUCGCAAUCCCAAAAUCAACGAGCUUUGGAUUGACAGUCAUCGAAAACACAGAAGGAACAUCAACAUCAAGUCUUGCGACGUGACCGACGAGGCAGCUCUCCGAAAAGUCCACCAAGAGAUUGUAGAGGAACUUCCUCCCAUCUCUGGAGUGGUCAGUGCCGCGAUGGUCCUGCGCGACGUGGCCAUUCGCAACAUGGAAUACGAUCAACUUCAAGAUGUUAUCCGUCCCAAGGUGCUUGGCUCGAUUCAUCUGGAUCGCAUUUUCCAUGACGUGGACCUCGACUUCUUCAUCGUCCUCUCUUCCACCAAUGCCAUAAUUGGAAAUCCCGGCCAGGCCAACUACGCCGCUGCGAACAUGGGAAUGGCUGGAGUUGCUAAUGCACGACGUGCAAGAGGGCUUCGCGCAAGUGUGGCACAUGUUGGUGCCAUUAUUGGCGUUGGCUAUGUGACCAACUCAAUCGAACGCCUGGAUCUGACCGUGACAAUGACGAACAUGAUCCGCGUAAGUGAGGAGGAAGUCCAUCAAAUGAUUGCGGAAGUCCUAGAGGCAGGUUUCGAAGACUCCUCCGUUCCCCCCGAGCUGGUCAUGGGGCUCAAGGAGGUGUCACUUCAAGAUCCCGGACAGUCGAAAUGGGUGCACGAUCCCAAGUUUUGCCGUCUUCUCUUGCCCACCACUACCGGCGACGGCCGGAACCAGGCUGCUGGAGCGGUAGAAGUGUCUGUUCGGGAGAGUUUGGAGGCCUGCAAGACAGGCCCAGACGUCCACCAAGUUCUCAAACAGGCAUUCGCCGCACAAAUGCGGAAGACUCUGUUCAUAAAGCUUUCAGACGAUGAGAUCAUGCUUUCAUCCAGCAACGCGCUAGGCCUGGACUCGCUCAUUGCCGUUGACAUUCGGUCGUGGAUCUUGAAGACGUUCAAUGUCAGCAUACCAGUGCUCCAAAUCAUGUCUGCGGAUACGCGAAUCUCCGAUCUCGUCACGUCAACUAUGCAGGAGUUGCCAGCGUCCAUGACUCCUUCUCUUCACCCAGACCAAGACAGAAAGCCUAGCCAGGCCUCAGCAGUUGGUAGUGACACGCCAUCAGAAUCCUCCGAGCACAGCUCUCGCCCUAGUGUUAGUACUGCAGCAUCAGACUGGUCGUCGUCAGUCAGGAAGGAGGAGCCGAUUGUUUUUGAUUGGGACUACGAGGCUCGUGCACCAGAGGAGAUAGUCGCAUAUCUCGACGCCACUCCGCCACGGAAGAAGCCUGAAGUCAUCCUCCUUACGGGUGUUACGGGCCUGCUGGGCCAUCAUUUACUGGGAACCCUCCUUGCAAGUGACUCGGUCCGUCAGAUCAUCUGUAUUGCGGUUCGCCGACUUUCCGAUCGCUUGGGCACAGCUUCGACCCAGUUGCCGACCGAUGGAAGAAUCGAAUAUCACGAAGGAGAUCUCGCUCUGCCGAAUUUCGGUCUCGCCGAGACUGAAAUCCACAACAUCUUCGCCAAAGUGGACGCCGUCAUCCACAACGGCGCCGACACUUCGCACAUGAGGAGUUACGCGACCCUCCAUCAAGUCAAUGUCCAGUCCACACGGACGAUUCUCCGGAAUUGCGUAUCUCGGCACAUCCCGCUACAUUACAUUUCCUCUGCCGGAAUCGCGCUGGCCAGCGAUCUCAAUCCAUUCCCGGCGGUGGCCGUCAAUGGAAGUGCUCAGAAACUGGACGAAAUCUCCAAGCACGGCGCCCAAGGCUACAUGUGCAGCAAAUGGGUGUGCGAACGCAUGUUGGAGAAUGUCGGUACCAUCCAUGGCUUACCCGUCUGGAUCCAUCGGCCUUCAACCAUUGUCCGCGAGGGCCAAGAUGCUGCAACGGAACGUGCAGGGCUCGACUGGGUCAACGCUCUCCUUCAGUACUGUCACAAAACCCAGAGCGUGCCGCGCGUUCACCACAACAAAGGUUGUCUCGACUUGGUCUACGCAAAGACGUGCUGCGAUGGAAUUGUUUCUGAUGUCCUUUCCAAUUCGCCACGCGUGCAGAACGGACCGACUUAUCGGAACCUUGUGAAUGAUAUUGUCAUUCCCAUGGCAGAGCUGAAUCAAGUGGCAUUCCAGGCUGGUCGGUCGAGUCCCUAUUCGGUGGUAUCUUGGAGCGAAUGGGUUGAUAAGGCUGUCGCCGCGGGCCUGAAUCCAGCGGUAGCUGCGUUGAUUGAGACGAUGGAUGAGCCAGGGGGCCACUCAUAUCCGAGACUGCUGAGGUAG